CUUCGCCCGCCCGCCUGCAGGGGUCAUGACCGAAGCUGUGGGGGGUGGCUUUAAAAGUUUGCCAAACACCUUCGAGGUGGCGUUUUCCUUUGCCCGGGAUCCUUAAGAGGAGGGAUUGAAAGGGAAGGGGCGGCGAAGGUGGGGCAGUGGCGGCGGCUUCCAAGCAUGGGAGACAGGUUGCCGGAGCAAACUCGUGUCAACCCUUCUCCUGCCGUGGCCGCCUCUUCCGAAGCAGAAGCGAUCGAGGUGCUGGAAACAGAGGAUGUCUUGCCCAUGUCUACGGAGGAUAACCAUAGAGUUGGAAGGAACCAAAGUUCAUCUACUCCAACCUGCUGCCCAAUGGCAAGGCCGUCAACACACCAAGCCCCCACAGAACAACCUUUGCUGUCCAGAACACAGUGUGACACAAGCAGAGGGCAGAAGCACACCAGAAAGCACUGGAAAACUCUGUUUGAUCAGUUCGACCCUGAAAACACGGGCUACAUCAGCACAGAGAAAUUUCAAAAUCUCCUCCAAAGCCAUGGCUCUGAAUUGGAUCCACACAAGCUAGAAGUGCUCUUGGCCUUAGCAGACAAUAAUUCUGAUGGGAAGAUCUGUUACCAAGACUUUGUCAACUUGAUGAGUAACAAACGGUCCAAUAGCUUCCGCCAAGCCAUUCUGCAGGGGAACCGAAGGUUGUGCAGCAAGGCACUUCUGGAAGAGACAGGACUUAGCCUUUCCCAGCGGUUGAUUCGGCAUGUUGCAUAUGAAACGUUGCCACGUGAGAUAGAUCGGAAGUGGUACUAUGACAGUUACACCUGCUGCCCUCCUCCUUGGUUCAUGAUCGCCAUCACCAUUGUAGAGGUUGCCUUCUUUAUUUACAAUGGAGUGGUACUAGAUAGGUUUGUGCUGCAAGUCACCCACCCCUUAUAUUUGAAGAACUCAUUGUUAUAUCAUCCUCAGCUGCGUGCCCAAGCCUGGAGGUACCUCACCUACAUAUUCAUGCAUGCAGGGAUUGAGCACCUUGGCCUCAACGUAGUUCUUCAGCUUUUGGUUGGAGUUCCCCUUGAAAUGGUUCAUGGGGCAGCAAGGAUUGGGUUUGUCUACAUUGCUGGAGUUGUAGCAGGUUCUCUGGCAGUGUCUGUUGCUGAUAUGACUGCCCCAGUUGUGGGCUCCUCCGGUGGGGUGUAUGCCCUCAUAUCUGCCCACCUAGCCAACAUUGUAAUGAACUGGUCUGGAAUGAAGUGCCAAUUCAAGCUGUUGCGCAUGGCUCUUGCCUUGAUCUGUAUGAGCUUCGAAUUUGGAAGAGCUGUGUGGCUGAGGUUCUACCCAUCCGCCUAUCCUCCAUGUCCACACCCAAGUUUUGUCGCCCACCUUGGUGGAGUAGCAGUCGGAAUCACCUUAGGUGUGGUCAUCUUAAGGAACUAUGAGCAAAGACUCCAAGACCAGUCCUUAUGGUGGAUCUUUGUAUCCAUGUAUAUGGUAUUUGUUCUCUUUGCCAUCUUCUGGAACAUUUUUGCCUAUGGUCUGUUGGAUCUGAAACUACCUCCACCUCCUUGAGAGUCUGAGUUAUGGACCCUGUAAAGAAUAAAUGGAAAACUUCCUUCUGGCAGCUGCACUGAAAAGAACCCAACUUGAGGAUUUAUUUUUGUAUGAAUAUCACUGAAUAUAAGCAAAUCCAUCUUCUGAAAGGCACAUAAGGGGGAAGUAUACUGCACAUCUGGGAUGUGACCAUAUUACUUAAAGUUUGCUUAGGUUACAUCUGGUCAAGAGAAUUUGCUUGGACAAAGUCUGGGCAUGGAGAUUUGCUGGUAUCACCAUAAGAGCCUAGCAUUGUAUUUCUUUGCUCAUGCAACUGGCUUGGUGCUGGUCUUCUGUUUAGCCCUUUACUGAUAUAACUGGAUACUUAACUAUCACAUACUGUUGAAUGUUAAUACACACAGUGAAAUUC